AUGACUGCCGGCGAAACAACCGCAGGCUCGCAUGCCGACAGAAUACCUACGGGCGCCUCGCCGAAGCGCGUCUCAGUCCUUUUCGUCUGCCUAGGGAAUAUAUGCCGUUCCACGAUGGCUGAAGGAGUGUUCCAGUCGCUCACACGACCAUCCAAAGGUCAACCGCACCCUCUCAUCCGCAAAGUCGAUUCUUGCGGUACCGGUGCCUAUCAUCUCGGCAACGAUCCGGACCCGCGCACCAUGGCGACCCUCGAAGAGAACGGCAUCACCACAUACACACACGCGGCGCGCAAAUUCUCGCCCAGCAAGGACUUUGAUGAGUUUGAUUACAUCCUUGGCAUGGACGAUUACAAUCUGGAGGACCUGAAGCGGUUGCGGACAAGGGAGGUGAAGAAGAGGGGCGGGGAGGAGGGCUUGGGGAAGGUCAUGCUGUUUGGAGACUUCGGGGGAAAGAAAAGGAGGAGCGGGAGGGGCGAGGAGGUGCAGGAUCCGUACUACGGGGCAGAUGAUGGCUUCACGAUCGCGCAUGAGCAGUGUGUGCGGUUCUCCAAGGCGUUCCUGGAACAGCUGGAGGCCGGGGAAUUGAGUUGA